AGCAACGGAGAGAGAAGACCCGGUAGAGCGCGAGAAGGGAGAGAGAGAGAGGGGGAGAGCGAGAGAGAGAUUGAGAGGGAGAGAGAGAGAGAGAGUGAACGAAAGGAGAGAGAGAGCGACGACCGUCAGGGUCCGGGUGCCUGAGGGACGGACGACACGGAGAGGGCGAGGACUGACUGAGCGUGCGAUCGUCCGACCAACUCAACGACUGACGGACAGACAGACAGAUUGAAUGAAGCUGCACCUGGUGCUUCUGAGGGCCUUUCCCAUGUUUUGAUUUCCUCCAUUUUUUUUCAAACUUUCUAAACUUGGUUUUACCGAGCCGCUCCUCGCCAUGCCGUCCAACAGUCCUGCUGCCGCCGAACCGGCCCAGACGCCAGAGAAGGAAGCCUCCAAUGAUGUGAAUGAAGACGGAGCAGACCAGGACAGUCCAGAGGAGGGGACGCCAGCAAGUCCCCGCAACAAGCGCAGAGUGGGCCGUCCCGGCAGGAAACGCAAACAGCUGCUUCCUGAGAUGGCAACCUCUGACCCCUGUGCUAACGCCCCCCCAACGCCGCCCGAGGAGCCGGAGCCCUCCCCUCGCAAGAAGCGCGGGCGUCGGAAACUGGAGCAUACCGAGAAGAAUAAGGACGAGCCAGAUGACAGAAACUGCGACUCCCCCAGAGUGGGUGAGACUGGGAGGCUGCGGAGGAGGCCAGUUCCCAGAGUGACUUUCCAGGCUGGAGAUCCGUACUACAUCAGCAGGAGACAGAAAGAAGAAUGGCUCAGAAACUGGAAGAUGGAGGCAGAGAGACGGGCGUACCGAGAAGCCGAGAUGAGCAUGAUGGACGACCUAUCAGAGGCCGACUUCCAAAAAGAGGAGGAACCAGCCAGCCCGGCCCCUCCCCCUCCCCCUCCCCCUCCCCCUUCACAACAACAAACAGACCCUGCCUCGCCGACGGUCGCCGUAACGCCGGAGCCGGUUGCCAGGGGUGACCAGGCCACGCCCAAAGAGAUGGAGUACCAGGAUGGCAGGGGCUUUGUCAUCGGCACGCUGGUGUUCGGGAAACUGCGUGGUUUCUCCUGGUGGCCCGGCAGGAUCGUAUCCUGGUGGAUGAGCGGCCGGAGUCGAGCUGCCGAUGGGACUCGCUGGGUCAUGUGGUUCGGAGACGGCAAGUUCUCCGUGGUUUGUGUGGAGAAGCUGAUGCCUCUGAGCUCUUUCUCAUCCGCCUUCCACCAGCCCACUUACAACAAACAGUCCAUGUACCGGAAAGCCAUCUUCGAGGCUCUGCAGGUGGCGAGUGUUCGGGCAGGGAGGCCCACUCCUUCCUGUGAUACCAGCGAUGACGCGGAGGGAGUCGAACCUCAGACCAGAGAGAUGAUAGAGUGGGCCAUGACCGGCUUCUUACCCAAAGGCCCACAAUCAUUGGACCCCCGAGAGGGUGCACACACAGAGGAGCAAAAUUAUAAAGAAAUGUACCCAGAGAUGUGGACAGAACCUGAGGCAGCGUACACGCCUCCGCCUGCCAAGAAACCACGCAAGAACACAGCCGAGAAGGCAAAGAUCAGAGAGGUGAUCGACGAAGGGACCAGAGAGAGACUCAUACAAGAGAUUAAAAAGAAGACCAGGAACAUAGAAGAUAUCUGUAUCUCCUGUGGAAGCCUCAACGUCUCUCUGGAGCAUCCUCUCUUCGUAGGAGCAAUGUGCCAGGGCUGCAAAAACUCCUUCCUGGAGUGUGCCUACCAGUAUGACGACGACGGCUACCAGUCCUACUGCACCAUCUGCUGUGGAGGCAGGGAAGUUCUCAUGUGUGGCAACAACAACUGCUGUAGGUGUUUCUGUGUGGAGUGUGUGGAUCUGAUGGUAGGAACCGGCUCAGCGACUGCAGCCAUCAAAGAAGACCCCUGGAACUGUUACAUGUGCGGCCCUCGAAACAUCCACGGGUUACUGCGGCGACGGGACGACUGGCCCUGCCGACUACAGCACUUCUUCGCCAACAACCACGAACAGGAAUUCGAGCCAGCCAAGUUGUAUGCUCCAGUUGCGGCAGAAAAAAGACAACCAAUCAGAGUCCUAUCCCUGUUUGACGGCAUUGCAACAGGUCUGUUGGUGCUGAAGGAUUUGGGCAUCCAGGUCGACAAAUAUGUGGCGUCCGAGGUGUGUGAAGACUCCAUCACUGUCGGCAUGGUCCGACACCAGGGACGCAUCAUGUACGUGGGCGAUAUACGCAACGUAACCCACAAACAUAUCGAGGAGUGGGGACCAUUUGACCUGGUCAUAGGAGGAAGCCCCUGCAAUGACCUCUCCAUAGUCAACCCUGCACGGAAAGGCCUUUACGAGGGAACGGGCCGGUUGUUUUUCGAGUUUUACCGUCUCCUACACGAGGCCCGACCAAAACCAGGCGACGGGAGGCCGUUCUUCUGGCUGUUUGAGAACGUGGUCGCCAUGGGAGUCAGCGACAAACGGGACAUCUCACGCUUUUUAGAGUGUAACCCAGUGAUGAUCGAUGCCAAGGAAGUCUCCGCUGCCCACCGCGCUCGAUAUUUCUGGGGAAACCUGCCAGGCAUGUCCAGACCUCUGGCCCCCAUGACGAAUGACAAGCUGGACCUACAGGAGUGCCUGGAGCACGGGCGCACAGCUAAGUUUGAGAAGUUGCGUACGAUAACGACACGCUCCAACUCUGUGAAGCAGGGGAAAGAUGAACAUUUCCCCGUCUACAUGGACAACAAGGAGGACAUCCUCUGGUGUACCGAGAUGGAAAGGGUGUUUGGUUUCCCCGUCCACUACACCGACGUGUCCAACAUGAGUCGUCUGGCCAGGCAAAGGCUCCUGGGACGUUCCUGGAGCGUCCCCGUCAUCAGGCACCUCUUCGCCCCGCUCAAGGAGUACUUCGCCUGCAACUAGUCACACACCAACUCUCUCUCUCUCACACGCGCACGCACACACACACACACACACACACACACACACGCAUUCACACAUAAAGAGUAUGUAAUAACAGACAGAUACACACACACACACACACACACACACACACACACACACACACACACACACAGUGUACAGCUCGUACAUGAAGGUUGGCUGACUCAGAAUGACACAUGUGACCGGACAGUCAUACAUACACCUAAAUAUACACACAUAAACCUACAUAUACACACAUAUUGUAAAGGACUGCUUCCCUAGAUCCCACCUAGACCAUUGGCUAACCGUAGUCUCCCUGGUGCUACCUUGCUGAUAUCCACACACACAUUCACACUCACACACAUACAUUUGGUGCAGGGUCACUGUACUGUAUAACCCUCACACAAAAACUUCCUGUCCGACCUUGAAACUGAUGUCUUCUGGCUUUACUGUGUCCUAGUAGCUGGAGUUCAAAACCUCCAGGGGGCGCAAAACUGAAAAAGGGCGCCCCUGAUUUUUUUUUCCCGUUUUGAAUAUCUGUCAGAAUUACACCAACAACACCAAUGAAUCCCUUCUAAACCAUAACACUUAAUUCUGGAUUCAUACAUAGUUCCAGUACUACUUGUGUGUUACAGUGCAAUGAACACAAAUAUACAAACACGUAUACACAUGCACACACACGCACACACACACACCAGUUAAAGCUCGUGGUGCUGGUCAGAUAGUGAUAAGAGUCCAAAUGGUGCCACUUUAAUACAACACUUUUACAGUUUUUGGUGCUCUUUGAGGCUGAACCGUCUCUGGUUGUUUCAGUCGCUGCGGUUUUGUGUCCCUAACUUGAGUUUAACCAAACGCAUGAAAAGCAGACGCGGAGGCAACACCAGCCGAGAAAGGCGGCAAAAGUUGACGCUUCGACGUGCCACUUAAGUGGAGUACGAAUUUUUUAAACUUAUAAUGUUGGGCAGAGCGUGCUGGAGGAGGCCUAUUAAAGAAAAGAAAAAAAACUCAGUUCAGAUGGGAUUAUCUUUACUGGAUCGACUGCAACUAAAGCAGAUUCUUGUGUUUCUUGGAGGAGGCGCUCUGGAGGUGCAAAUAAUCUCAGUAGCGGAGUUUAACUUCCCCUGUUCACCUGUGUUCAUGUCUGUUACCUAGUAAAGCUACGUAUGGAUGUGCAUGUGCCUUUCUGAAAAGACUUUUUUGAGUAAAAUCAGAGCCAAGAUCAUAAUGUUCAGUUUAGUUGUGUUUCUUCAGCAUCCUUCAGUGGGCAGAGAAACCAGUAACGUAGAUAACAAGGCGACGCUUACAUCGUGGGUCAGUGUUAGAAAUCACUGGGUUAGAAUGAUUGUAAAAAUGUUAAAUGUAGAUGAAAGUAUGUCGCCAUUCACAUAUAGAAUAAAUGCAUACAUUCAAGUCAUCAGUUUGUUGGUGCUCUUUCUGUGAUUUUGGAGCAUGUUCUUUAGCAGCGAUUGUAUUUUAAAGUGAGCUUGAACUUGGAUAAAUUAUAUGUGAUAUAAUCUGUCAUGUAGCAUUUUAAUCAUGGAUUUAGUUCCUCAUGUUUUUUGCUGGUAUACUAUACUUACUCUAACAUCUGUAAUAAUGCUGUAACUAUUAGACUGUGAUGGUGUUUCAUCUUAAUAAUCAUUUCACCUGCCUGACUACUACUUAGGCUUCAAGACUGACAUUGGAUGUUUAUAUCUGCAUCUAAAUCAGAUCAGUGUGUGCUAAAAUUUGUUCCACAUCAUUUUAACAUACAGUAGCUUGAGACUUCAGUCAUGAAAUCGAGUUCCUGAACGGUGCUUAGACACAGUCUGUAUGGAGUUACUGUGAAAUGAUGACGUAAAGGUUUUCUCUCUGUUUAUCUUCGGCACGGCUCAGUUGUUUUUUUACCCAUCGUGACCGCUGCUUUCAUUGUCUGAAGCCUUGUCGUGUAAGUAAUAUGAACCUCCAGGAUCAUGAAUGUCAGCCAACGUCAUCAGUUUUAUUUACUGUAGAUUUUAAUGGAUUGAACAUUAUUUUUAUAUCUUCUGACAUCACGCUGCGUCAAGUCCGCUCUCUGUAUUCUGUGUGAAAAUCUCAGUUCUCUCUUCAUGUCCAUUUCUGGAUUCGUUUUAAAAAGCAGACGUGUUAUCAAACUACUUUGUAGGGAAAAUGUGACGGUUUCUGUCCCCUUUAAAGUAUACUAAAACGGUCAAUCAUCAGCUUUAACACCUCCAGCGAGAUUAUUCCUGCCUCCACAGCAGCACUGCCUCCGAGAAAACAAACUAAAACAUCAAUUCACUCUUUAGGAGUUCAGUGUGUGACUUCAACAGCAUUUAAUGUAAAAGGGAGUCAUUUCAAACCUUCCAAUUAUAUAUAUAGUACAGCCUCUCUUGUGCCUCGGCUCAUACAUUGCCCUUUUUUUCGGUCUGGUGAAAAAAUGACAGUCCGUCAGCCCUUACAGUUUCGGCUCCUGUUUUGCCUCACAGGGAUCCAAAAUGUCCUCAACUUACAGCAGCGACGUCCACUGGAACCAGAGGCAGGCCUGUACUCUGUUGACACUAUGCUGGUUUUCUACUUCCUAUGACUGAAAGAGAUAGCCCUGUAUAAAUAACAGACUCUUCCUUAUCUCAGAGGAAGGCCUGUCUUGGGUAUCUUAUUUCUGCCUUUUUUUUGCCCAACGCAUGCUGGGAUUAACUCAGCCUCUCCACAACCUUUAAUAAGCAUAGGCAGGUGAAGAAGAUUUGAUUGUUAUCAAUUGUGGCAGAUAUGUAAUAAAUAAAAAUGUUUCCAAGACUAUCAUACAUUGAGGCACGAUGUGUAAAUGUCCUUGUAUACUGAUUUAUGAUUUAUUUAAACAGGGCUGUCUAUGGAAAAAAAAAAUCUUUCAGUCUGGUGCUUUUGGUCUUCAGACGACCAUAUUUUCCAGGAAGCCUUCCGAUCCUCUGACCUUCCUCAUAUACCAGCUAACAACUGGACAUGCAGUCUAUACUGACACACACACACACACGCAUAUGCACAUGCACAAACAUUCAAACAAACCAACAGUAAACCAGCAGGUUUUUUUCCAUCCUGUUUACUCUCUGUUUCUACAACCGACCUUCAGGUGCUUUUUAAACUCUGCUCUUUUUUACAGUGCUCUUUGCAGGUUACACACACACACACACACACAAACACACACACACACACACACGCACAUUUGCUGGAAAACCACACACACUCAUAUCCGCUCAACAUGGUGCCGACGUUCUUGCUUGUCUAAACUCCUUCUUCGCAACCAAACACACAUUGUUCAUAUACACACACACACACACAUGCAUCACACACACUGUGUUUUUUGCCGGCCGCCUGCCGCCAUCAGGCUUUUCCACGGCGCCGCUGGGCGUUACAUCGUUACCCUACGGUGCUUGGUGCUCCCAAAAAAACCCAACCCAUCCCCACCCCAUACCCAAACUCCCCUACCACUCCCCACUCCCUACUCCACCCCCAGGUGCUGCAUGUCAGUCAGUCAGUGUAAUCUCUGAUUUCAUGUUAGAUUAGGGAGUAAUGAUAAUAAUAAUAAUGGUAAUAAUAAUUACAAUAAUAAUCUGUUAUCGUGUGUGUGUACUGUUCCAGGUUGGUGCUCAGUUCAGUUCAGUCUCAGCCUAGAGGAGAGAGAGAGAGGCUAGAGAAAGCAUAUAUUACAGUUAGUAUAGUGAAUUGUUCUAUUGUACCCAAGGAUGCCAGAAAGAGAUAGUUGAACCAGCGAGGUACAGGACACUCUCAAAUUAGAGGGGAGCUGAAAUAACACCUGCUGCCAUGUUGAAAUAGCUGAAGCAAAAUCCAAAGUUUGAGUUUGGUCAUCACCUCCUAAAAAGCAGUAACAUAAAUCUGGAGUUUGGCAAAAAAUAAUCAACGAGAUAGAGAAGAAAAAGAACAAAAAGUCUGCUACACAAAGGAAAAUUGGCCAUCUAGAUGACGACUUUGGUCCAGACUAAAGUAUCUACGUGCCAUGAAAUGUGUUAUUAAUAUUGGAUGGUUGACCUUGAAAUAUGGUACAAACAUGCAUGUCCCCAUCAGGAAGAGUUACAAUUACAUUAGUGAUACCUUCAUUUUUCACCUAUCACCAUCAUCAUCAAUUCUUUGGUUUCUGACUAAAGGACAUUCCCAUCAGCCUCAGCUGUGCUUUUUAUAAUGAGCAAAUGUUAAUAUGUUAUUAACACACUAAACUAAGAAGAUGUAUAUGGUCAACCUUAUACUCACAGAGCUGCAUGUGUAGACUCUUGUGAAAUAUUGGAUAUUUUUAGACCUCUAAAAAUAUUAUAACAAUCUGUGUUUUGUAUGAUUUGAUUUGUACAAGUUAAACCUUUAACUGACAAAGACAUACAAAUAAUAAAACGUCAGAGCUGAAUCAGGGAGAAAAAGCCUUACUGAUGACCUCUCUGUUAAAAACAUGUGUUAUGAUGUAAAACAACAAUUCAACUGAUGAUAUCCGUUGAAUUUAAAGUAGAUGUAAUUAUAAUCAGAUAAGAUUGAAUAUGAGAUUAUAUCUUCCCCUACUUGUGAUAUGUUUGCAUCAAUAAAUAUAACAGAUAUGAGAAGAUUUCACUCAAUUAUAUCUUGUAUAUAAAAUUAUACAAAGUCAAUAUGCAACCAGCUAUUGGUUCAUUUUAAAGGGCCACAAGACAAAAAGGUCAGGAAGCGCUGGUUCAUUUUCAGCUCUUACUUUUUCAACACGAGCAGUGUUAUUUCAACAUGUGUCUGUUUGAGAGUGCAGUCAGACAAAAGCAUGAGGAAUGGAGUCGUUUUGAUUGACAGCUGUCAGUUUUAAGUGACGAGUGACAAAGUGAUGAUGUUUCUGUUCGCCUAUCGACAGCUUUUAGGCUGAGUGAUGCGCUGUUUUCAACACUGAUACACUUACAAACACGUACACACAAAAACACUGUUCUUUAAACACAAACAGACACACACACACACACACACAGAGAUACAUGCAUAACACCUACAAACACGAUGCUGUGGCGCAGUCAGACACUCAUCUCAUGGACUAAAUGAAAGAUGAGCUUUUAGGAAAAGAGGAACUGGUGGCGUUUCAAAAGGUGCUAAAAUUGUAUCUGAAAAUAAGAAAAAUAUAUUGUUAGGAGUAUAAAUCAAGUUUGUCUUUACAAUGACUGUAUUUAAGUUUGUCGUAGUAAUGAAAAGGCACUAUUAUUAUUUUACUCUUGUAUGAAUAUGAACUAAUUAAAAAGGCAUUUUAACUUUGUACUUGAACAAUGUAAGAAAUGAACCGUGAAUAAAAAAAGAACUGUUUCUUGUGAUUUAGCCUAAAGCCAGUGUUAUCUAACUGUAUGUUACAGCUAAG